CUUUCGAGCGGCUUUUAGGAAUAAAACUUUUAAAUUAGUUUAUAGUACGAUAAAUGCGACAUGGAUAGCAUAAUUGGACGCAGCCAGUUCGUCUCAGAGACGGCUAAUCUCUUUACUGAUGAGAAAACGGCCGUAGCUCGUGCCAAGGUUGUGGAAUGGUGCAAUGAAUUUUCCACUGCUAAUGCUAGCUUGAAAUGCGAGCUGCUGGUUAAAGUGCAAGAAAUCGUAUUGGGCUCGUGCGCAGAGCUAGCCGAGGAAUUUCUAGAACCGGUGCUAUCACUGGCGCACGAUCAGAAUCAGGAGGUGCGCAAGCAAGUUGUCUCUUUUAUUGAGCAAAUCUGCAAGGUUAAGGUGGAGUUGCUGCCCUAUGUAAUUAAUGUGAUAUCGAUGCUGCUACGUGACAGCUCUGCCCAGGUUAUCAAGCGUGUCAUACAGGCCUGUGGGAGCAUAUAUAAAAAUGGACUGCAGUACUUGUGCACCUUGACAGAUGCGAGCGACAGCGCCGAGCAGGCCUGGAGUGUGCUCAGUUUAAUAAAGGCGCAAGUGCUGGACAUGAUUGAUAAUGAGAACGAUGGCAUACGCACAAAUGCAAUCAAGUUCCUUGAGGGCAUUAUUAUACUGCAAAGCUAUGCGGAGGAGGAUAGCAUGAAACGUGAGGGUGACUUUUCACUGUCGGAUGUGCCCGAACAGUGCAAGCUAAUACGACGCCAAAAACUGCAGGACGAGGGCACCAAUAUAUUUGACAUAAUGCUACAGUUCCAUGGCACUACGCACAUCUCAUCUGUGAAUCUUAUUGCCUGCACUAGCAGUCUUUGUACUGUGGCCAAAAUGCGUCCUGUUUUCAUGGCAGCCGUCGUUGAAGCGUUUCGUCAGCUCAAUAACAACCUGCCGCCCACGUUAACUGACUCCCAGGUCAGUUCUGUGCGUAAAAGUCUGCGUAUGCAGCUGCAAACGUUGCUUAAGCUUCGCGGCGCUUUUGAGUUCGCCAGCACAAUACGUAAUAUGUUAUUGGAGUUGGGCGCUAGCGCUAACGAAAUUCAAAAAUUGCUGCCAAAAAUGGAUAAGCAAGAGCAGGCACGCCGUCAGAAACGCAUACUGGAGCAUGCUGCGCAGAGCAUGGCCAAAAAAGCGCGUCUGGCAGAGCAGGAUCCACAGCAACAAUCGCAAUCACGCGAAAUGGAGUUGGACGAAGAUGAGCUGGAGCGACAGCGUCAGAAAAGCUUACGUGUUAAUGAAAAGUUUCUCACUGAACACUUUCGCACACCGGAGGCGGUGAUUACAUUAGUACUUGAGUUUUUGCCACAGUUGCCAGAUGUGGCGCCAGCGAAAUUUUUAGCCGAUUAUGUACCCAUUGGGCAGCUCUCUCUGCCACAGCUGGUGACGAAGCUGGCAAGACAGUUUGGCCAACAACUAACAGAUCUGCGUCUCGGACCCGGUGCAGAUGCCUUUAGCAAAGAGAAACCCAUGAGACCAAAGGCUGCGCAGCCAGCGCAAGCAGCAAGCGCUGUCUUGCCUGAACCCGUGCCUAUGGACACUGACGAUGCGGCUACAGACGCGUUGACUGAAGAGGAACUGCAGCGCAAGGAAGAGGCAACUAAGAAGCUGCGUGAAACCAUGGAGCGUGCCAAGGGCGAGCAAACGGUUAUUGAGCGCAUGAAGGAGCGCGCCAAGACGCUCAAGCUGCAAGAGAUUACCAAGCCAAUGUCGCGCAACGUAAAAGAGAAAUUUCUGCUGGACUCGGUUAAGCGCAUACUUAACUCGGAACGUCAGUGUAUUAUGGGCGGCGUGGCGGCAAAGCGACGAAAACUGGUUACUGUUAUUGCGGCUACAUUUCCUGAUAAUGUGCGCUAUGGCAUAUUGGAGUUUAUCUUAGAGGACAUAAAGCAGCGCAUUGAUUUGGCAUUUUCUUGGCUCUUUGAGGAAUACUCUCUGCUGCAGGGAUUUACGCGUCACACCUACGUCAAGACAGAGAAUCGUCCGGACCAUGCCUACAAUGAGCUAUUAAAUCAUCUGAUAAAAGGCAUUAAUGAGCGCUGUGAGUAUAAGGAGCGCAUUAUAUUGCUGAGACGCAUUUAUCUGGAGGCGCCCAUACUGCCCGAGGAAACAAUUGUGCAGCUGGUGCAAUUGUGCCUUGUGGAGGAGUAUAUGCAGCAUGGCUUUGAGUUGGUCAAAGAUCUCAUCGUGUUGCGUCCGCCGCGUAAAAAUCGUUUCAUACGUGUUUUGCUUAACUAUGCGGUGCAUGAACGCGCCGAUCUACGAGAGCGCGCACUGGCGCAGCUGGUUGCCAUUUAUCAUGUGCAUGAAAUAUUGCCAGCUCGCAUUGAUGAGUUUGCCAUGGAAUGGCUGGACUUUGUGUUGGCAGAGACGCCACCUGCGGCAAUAUUUUCAGCAGACUUCGGACGACCUUCACCGGAGGCUGCCUGGAAGGAAGACACCGCCAAGAUCUGCCUGUUGUUGGCACUCACUUUGUUACCAUACAAGCCUGAACUUUAUUUGGAAAAGAUCUGUAAAGUAUUUAUGGAAACAUCAGCGGAGUUGAAGCGCACCAUAUUACGCAGCCUGGAUACACCUAUUAAGAAAAUGGGCGUAGAAUGUCCGCAGUUGCUAAAGCUCAUCGAGGACUGUCCCAAAGGCAUGGAAACAUUGGUCAUACGCAUCAUCUAUAUACUCACAGAGCGUGUGCCCACGCCACAUGCGGAUUUGGUGAAGCGUGUGCGUGAUCUAUACCAAAACAAAGUUAAGGAUGUGCGUGUGCUUAUUCCUAUUUUGAGUGGACUUUUGCGUGCUGAACUGAUUGCCGUGCUGCCCAAGCUGAUCAAACUCAAUCAGGCUGUCGUUAAGGAGGUCUUCAAUCGUUUGCUUGGCAUUGGCGCUGAGUUUGCCCAUCAGCAGAUGGCACUUUCGCCUACGGAUUUGCUUGUGGCAUUGCAUACCAUCGACACGAACGUUUGCGAUCUGAAGGCCAUUGUGAAGGCCACCUCGCUGUGCUUGGCUGAACGUGAAAUUUACACUCAAGAUGUGCUUAUGGCUGUGCUCCAGCAGCUUGUUGAAAUCAUGCCCGUGCCUACGCUAAUGAUGCGGACAACCAUACAAAGCUUGACGCUCUGCCCAAGACUCUCGAACUUUGUGCUAAAUCUGCUGCAACGUUUGAUUAUGAAACAGGUCUGGCGGCAAAAGGUCAUUUGGGAGGGCUUCCUUAAGACCGUGCAGCGUCUGAAGCCGCAAUCGUUAUCAGUGUUAUUGCAACUACCUCCACCUCAGCUGGCUGAUGCAUUGCAGCAGUGCCCCGACUUAAGGCCGGCGCUACUUGAAUACGCAGAGAGCAUACAGGAGGAACCCAUGAGCGGCAUAACCCAGCAAAUUCUAGAUAUUAUAACAGGCAAAUCUGUGGAUGUAUUUGUUACGGAUGAGAGCGGCGGCUAUAUUAAUCCUGAUAAUAUUAAGAAGGAAAUUAUUGAGCCCGCAGAGAGUAUUGGCGUCAUUUCAACAGUGCCUGUAUUGACUUCGAUCACAACGUCUGGCCCAUUACCCGUACCUGCCGUUGGAGAUUUAAAUCAACCUCUGCCACCUGGCGAGGAUUAACUUAAGACUAGUUGGAUUUGUUUUGUUAAGAUUUUACAUUCAGCACUAUAAAUAACUGCGUAAAUUUAAACAAA